CACACAGUGUACAGGAAUGUGAAUACUUGUGUAGUCGCCAAAUACCAUUGAACGAGUAAACAGACAAUAAGAGAUGGAGCUUGUCAACAUCGUUGAUGAAUAUGGCAACAAAAUAGAAUAUAAGCGUUACCAGGGGCGGCCAUUCCACCCAGAAACUCUGGGAAAUAUCGGUGAUCACCUAGCUGAGGUUGCUGCUUACAAUGGUCAGACUGACGAUGUUCUCCUAUGCACAUUUCCUAAAUCAGGAACUCACUGGGUUUUCAACAUGGUCCAGAUGAUACGAGGAAACAAUUUGGAAUACAGUGGAACACCGGUUGUGAUGGAAUGUCAUCCAAUCAGCGAUAUUGAAAAGGUGCCAUCACCGCGCAUGUAUCACACUCAUGCAACAUACCCGUUUAUCCCUGACGCGGCAAAACGAGGCAACAUCAAACUUAUACAGGUUAUGAGGAAUCCCAAGGAUUCAGCACUGUCUCAUUACAAAUUCUUCAAAAGCAUGAGGAAUAUGGCAUACGAAGGCACUUUAGACGGCUUCCUCAAGUAUUAUCUAUCAGAUGAAUUCUUUGGUAUCGGAUGCUCACUGUUCACGUACAUUAAGGAAUGGGAAGAAGCUAAGCGGAAUAAUAAAGACCUCUGUAUUCUCGAUCUUCGAUACGAAGACCUCAAAAAGAACCUAUUUGAAAAUAUCAUAAAAAUUACAAAAUUUCUAAACCUCGAGCGAACGGAUGCGUUUCUCCAUGAAGUUGAGCAGAAUGUGUCCUUUGAACGACUAAAGGGAAAACACAACACGAUGACUGGAGAAACAGAUAGGUGGAAGGAUUUGGCCGACGGAGGGAGACUGCCUGUCUAUAGAAAAGGAAUAAUUGGAGAUUGGAAGAACACAUUCACUGUAGCUCAGAACGAAAAGUUUGAUGCAGUUUACAAAGAGAAAAUGGAAGAAAUGGGACUGCCGCUCGAUGAAUUUAUCUUCGAGUAGUUGACACACAACAAAUAGCAAUGUGCUUUGAUAAAAUUACAUUAAAAACUUGUUUUCUCACAACUACAUGUAUUUCCUAAAGCAAGUUCUACGCAUCUUAGCGUGAAAGAAUUUAAUGUCGUUGGGUGUCCUAAACCGCGAUAAUAACCAAAAAGUGUAAUGGUAACCAUAUCCUUUUACUUCCUUGACCUGCUUUUUUUAUUCAAUGUUGUAACGCGGUCUUACAAUGAUUGUAUAUAUAUCUUUAAAAAAAAUCUUAAUUUCUUAACGCUGUUGAUAUCAAUG